AUGGCGACGAUCGCAAAAUCACUGCCGUCGCUGACCCAAAAUGAUGCAUCUGUCCUCCAGGCACUUUUUGACGCCGAAUCCUCACCUUCAUCUGGGAUCACCGUUGAUCAGUCUCUCCCUUCAUGGCCCCCGUCCGUGACUAUCUCGCAAGAAGACCUUUCUAGCCUCAAGAUUCAGGAGACAGAUAUCGUACGGAGGCUACAAAGAGUGACAACCCCCGACAGAGAGUUGAUCGAUUCAACGUUGGAAGCAUUCAACUCUCUUGUAAACGAAUUUUCCACCUACCCUCCGGCCUAUACAAAUCGUGCCCAGGUGUUGCGUAUCUUGGUUGACCACGCGUACAAUGAGAAACAUCCUCACAGCAUAGAGGCCGAGAGAGACGAUGCGCUAUUCACCCCCGAAGCGGCAGAGCUAUCAUCUUGCGUAUUCGCAGAUCUUGGACAAGCAAUAAAGUUUGCUACGCCGGCUUCUCCCGCAGACCCCGUUUCAUCGGUGCAAGCCCGGCUAUUGGCAGAUGCGCAUACCCAUCGGGGUUAUCUAUUACUGAAAGCGGCGCGAGUAAAGAAGAAUCGGUUGGAGCAGCACAAUCUGCAACCGGUCGGCCCGGAGCGCUUGCAAGGACUGAAUGCCGAUCAGCUAGAGGAAAUGGCCAGCCGGGACUUCUUCUUGGGAGGCAGAUAUGGGAAUAAAGUCGGGCAGCAACUUGCAGUACAAACAAACCCAUACGCCAAGAUGUGUGGUGCGAUUGUGAAAGAGGCGAUGAGGAAGGAGGUCGAGGGAUAA